GUCAGGGGCCCGAGUAUCACUGCACGCCCACCGCCAGCUGCGCAGGCUUAAAGGCGCCCAUCCGUCCAACCACCUGGUCAACCGCCAACCACCGGACGCGCGCGCCGCCUGCCCCAUAUAACCACGCCGGUCGCUGCUGGGCGCGACAUCUGCAGAAGAGCCGUCGGUCAGGGGAUGCGAGUGACAGGCGCGGCCGUGCUGCUGCUGCUGGUGGCUCUGGCGCCGCCCCCGGGGGCGGAGGGGCGGCGGAUGCGCACGCGGGGGCGGACCAAGUCCCGCGCGCAGAUCGGCCUCCCAGUCACCGGCCAGUACCGCGACGCCGAGACCGACAAGUACUACAACAACAACAACGGCGCCAAGAUCGUGAACUGGUCGCACUUUGACUAUGAGUACACACUGGGCCAGAAGAUCGUCUUCAUGUGCGUCGCCAAGGGCAACCCCAGGCCCGCCAUCACGUGGUUCAAGGACGGGACAGAGUUGUACGCGCACACCUACCUGCAUGUUCACGAGUGGGCAAUCGGCAAGGACCAGAUAAAGUCGAAACUGGAGAUCGAUCCCGCAACGCAGAUGGACGCGGGCGUGUACGAGUGUUCAGCCGACAACAUGUACUCCAUAGACCGGCGGAGCUUCAAGACCGACUUCAGCAUCGCCUUCGACUAGCCACGCCUCCACGUGCAAAAGGGGUCGAUGCCCGGAAGUAGCGCUUUUGUCGCGAUACAGCCUCCCGACAAGCUGUUAAGCAUUUGUUUUCCUUAAAAAAAAACAACAACAACACUGCGCUGAAAAAGCGUUGUUAGCGCACGAGAGCAAUUACCGCAAGUACAAAGUGUAAUUUUUUCCUUCAACGGUCACGUAAUACUAAUCAGUACGGCAGAAUGCUGUCCUUCAAUGUCAACAAGUGUAACCAUUGAAACGUCCCCUUAGAACAAUUAUACAUGACUGUGCUUAAACUGA